CCUCCUCCGCAGUGCACUUGCAGCUGAGCAGCACUCCGGACAGGACGGUCUCCUCCUCCUCCUCCUGCUCUUCUUCUUCCCUCCGUUUGUGUGUUGGUGAGGUAGUGUGGUGUUGGUGUUGCAGGGGGGUUGCACCGAGAGUCGCAUCUGACUCCAGUGUGCGGAGGGUCCCGGACAGACGCGUGAUGGUGCGGACUCAUUGAUAAAAAAAUCUGUGCAGCUGGGAUUAAAAUGAGCACCCCUGCUGAGCGGCUCUCCUCCUCCUCCACAUAGCGCUGCUCUCUCUGCUCAAGAUCUGUUUCAUGUGACUCCAGCAGGCGACGCAGGAUGACUACUACCUUAUCGCUGGUGAUUUUGUGCGCCUUGGUGGCGUUAGUGUUGGCGUCUAAGACGGAGCGGGCGGUGCUGCUGACCUGUGACUCCGGCCAGUACACCAACGGUGGAGAAUGCUGCUUGGAGUGUCCACCUGGAGAGGGAGUGGUGAAGAAAUGUGGUGCUACCCAGACCGUCUGCGCCCAGUGUCUGGACAGUGAGACCUUCUCAGAGAACUACAGUCACACAGAGCAGUGCAGGCCAUGCACACAAUGUACCGGCCUGAUGCGGUUAGAGACGCCCUGCACAGACUCCAACGACGCCGUCUGCGUCUGCAACUACAACUUCUUCUUCGACGCGAUAUCCGGCCGCUGCGAGCCCUGUACAGUGUGCCCUGUAGGAGAGGGCGUGUUUGCUCACUGUGAACACAAUCAUGACACGGUGUGCGAGGAGUGUGUGGACGAUACCUUCUCUGACCGGGAAAGCUCCCUCGAACCCUGCCUGCCCUGCGCCAUCUGUGAUGACGAAACUGAGAUACAGCUGGCCUUGUGCUCGCCAACCCGUGACUCUAUCUGCCACAAUCCUAACCUACCUACAGAUAUAUCUCCCACCUCGGACAUGGCUUCAUCUCCACCCCCCUUCACCAACUAUUUCCCACCGGACGGCUCCGACAGCCCUUUGCCAGGUGGAGAGACGACCACAUCGAGCGCUGGCUCUCCUCGCUUCCUUGGCCACGGCCUCAAUGAAAACCUCAUCCCUAUCUACUGCUCCAUCCUGGCUGCUGUGGUGGUCGGCCUCGUGGCUUAUAUUGUCUUUAAGAGGUGGAACAGCUGCAAGCAGAACAAGCAGGCAGCUAACAACCGCGCGGCUACAAACAACCAGAUGGUGACGCCGGAAGGAGAGAAGCUGCACAGCGACAGCGGCAUCUCGGUGGACAGUCAGAGUCUGCAGGAGCAGCAGCAGCAUCAGCAGCAGCAGCAGCAGCAGCAAGCCCAUGCUGAAGUCCAGACUCAGCCCUCACACUCACACACACAGGAACAAAUAGUGGUGCGGGUGGAUGGUGACCCCCAGUCUGACUCAGCUCCCCCUGAAGUCUGAGGAGGAAAAGGAGGAAGAAGAGGAGGCGUCAGAGCUGAAGACAGGGAGAGGAGAGCAGGGGACCCGAACCGUGGACCAAAAAGAAAGAAGGGGGGGGAAGGGGGGCCAGGGCCACACAGAAUGUAAAAACUGACUCCGACUCAUAUCUGAAGUGGCCACAGAGCAAAGACUUGACUUGCAUGGACCUACCAGCACCUUUGGGCUACAGUCUGACUCUUCAUCCCUGCAUAGAGUCCAACUCUAUCAGCGUGCCUGGACACAACUUCUACGGCAAUAUCAGUCACUACCUGCAGAUACAUUAUCGUAGAUAUGCCAGUGCAUCUCCUAUUAACUGAGUAGUCCAGUAUCUAAUAUUGACAUAUGACAUCAUUCUCACUAACUGCCAGCUUGUCCUUUGCCCCUUUCUAAUCUUUCUAUUUUCCCACUAAUUCCCACACCCACUUGCCAUGAUACGUAUGUGCCUAAAAGGUAAAUAGGCAGGAAGGUUCUCCAUUAUCUCCUCUUUCUUUUCAGCCUUUUUUUCCUCUCACUUCUUCCUCGGUGGCAUCCCACUCUCAGAUAAUCCGCUCUCCAUAGGAUUCGCUCUAUUAGACCCCCGCCGUCAUCUGCGAUACAAAAAGCAGCGGGGGAGCUGUGAGUCACACCCAACUUCUUCUGAAGUUUCUUGUUCUUUUCAUCAUUUAAAGACAGACGCGUUUCAUGGCAUGCUCUGUUGUAAAACGUUUGUGUCAUUGUUUAAGAUUGGCUGCACCGACUGAUACAAGUGACUCAUAUUUGUGAAGAAAAAGGUCAAUUACCGUGUAGCCCACUUGGUAAUCGACCAUUUUUUUCUGAGCGAGAUGCUUCCUCCUGCACUCCGCAGUCUUCAUCCUCCCUGUGACAUAGACCUCGUCACAGUGCCUCCCCGGUUUGUGUUUCAGUAAUUUUGUGCUUAUAAUGUAACACACCCAAAUGUUUGUCUCCUGUUUAUAGAGCAUUUACUUUCAUUUUGUAGCUUGAGGUACAUCGCUGAUUCAGCGGGGUGCCUCCACGGCCCUCUGUGGAGCCUGGAUGUGCAACAACCUUUCUGGUCUGUGGGGCUCUGCUGACUCACUGCGAAUGUGUCCAAGGGGAAGCAACAAAAAAAAAGAAAAAGAAAAAAAGAGGAGCUUUGACGUCACCAGUGACUCAGUGUACAGAGCUAAACUGGCGCUUUAAUGAAUCUGGGACUGAAAAAAUUUGCAAGAAGGGAAUCCCAUCCAUCAUAAUUUAAGUUUAACUGAGUGGAAAAUUGGGACACCCCUCAGAGGCUGACUCUCUUUUUACUAUCCCCACCGCCUCCAUCUCCACAUUCUCACUCUUGCAAUCUUGCGUGCGGCUCUGUCUGCGUUAUAGAGCCUGAUAAACAGUGUUCUGAAGCGCUAAUGCAUCGUCAUUGGUGCUCGUGUCAACACGGGGCCCAUUAGAGAGACUUCCUGACAGGCAGGUAGUAAUUACCUCAGGGUUUCAGCUUCAUUUAGCCUCUGCUCCACUCAGCUCAGCCACCUCUCAUCUGGAUUAAUGCUGCGGACAAGGGAGGGGCAGCGCGGCCCCCUUUGAAGCCUCGACGUAACAGAUCCCUUAUCCAAGUCCGACACCAUUGACAUUUACUAUAUCGCCAUGGUGAUAUAAAAGCACUUAGUCCAGGCUCACUUCUAAGGCUGGUUGGCACCUUUUAUCACACAGGACCACUUUUAUGUUGCCCCCACUCGCUGCUUGCAGUAAAAGGCAGCCGGUGUAGGUACGUUGUAAAAGAAGUCUACCGUAGCUGAUCUAGACUGCGUUUAUUCCUGCAGAGGCACCUACCUUCUCAGGGUCCCUCUCAUUGUGGUAUGACUAUGUCAAGAGAUCCGUCGAGGAUUUCUGUAAACAAUCUGUAGAUGAUUGUGUAGAUGUGUGAUAGGAUAGGUCGAGAGGUAUUAAGCAGCUGUUAGGUUCACAAAAGGAGAGUGUAGAAAGAUACGGGUUUAUAUGCCAACAUGACCAACAUGAGACUGAUGAAUGAAUGAUAUUGGAAACUCACUUAUUUGCUCUAUUGAUGAGAAUCUCUAACUCUCUCUAAGGAAGGAAAUAAGUCCACAAACAAAUAGUGAGACGUGUUUUCCUCGCCAGCUUGUAGAGUUUAGUGAGCAAAAGAUAGAUAAGAAAUGUCAGAGCGGAGACAAAGGAAAUCAUUAUAUCCUGAGUGAUGCGGCCUGGAUCGGUCACAUGGUCUCCAACACCUCGAGACGGUGAAACUUUCUCAUCUUUUCACAUGUGAUUCAGUCUAACAAGUAAAACUCUGCUGUAUUUUGCUCACAUCUCAUAUGGGCAUGUGGUGUGGACACGUGACCACACACACAGACACACACAGACACACACACACACACUACAGUGGAUGAUUCACUCCUCUAUUGAGAGAGCCAGUAUGAUUCAUCCUGAUCCUGGCUGUGGCAGUGACAUUAAAGCAGACUCUGCUACAGUAUGAGUGACCAGAGUGUUGAUUUAAAGAUAAAAAAAGAAAGAAAAACCCAACAUACUCCUCAGCUCCUUUUGCCCCUGAGGCUCCAUAAGCCCUCCAGCAGCACACUCAUCUACCCUGAACCGACUUAUUCUCUUUCUCUAGCAGCUUGUGAAGUGAGACACACAAUGUAAAGAAUGUACAACCUGAACAUAUGCAAGACACAUUCAAGGAUAAAGUUUAGGUUUGCCCUCGUUCUGUUGUUGUAAAAUUGUUUUUUUCUUUACACUUUCCUGUUUGUUUGUAUUAUGAAUAGUAUUACACUUUUGGAAUCAGUAUUUUUUCUAACUGAUAUGUUAUUUUGUAGCACUUAUUAGAUGUAAUAUGAAUGCACUCAAAGAGUGUACCACAGUUCAAGUGCCUGUGUACAGUGUCGGGUCUUUAAGUUCAGAAGUUUGGCUAUAUUUUUGGCAUUUUUCUUUCCUCCACAUAUUUUAUGUUUUUAUGUGCAUUUCUUUGAUAUUUUGAGAGCUAAUGAAGGUUUUUAGUAAACAGAAGUCAAAGCUUGGAGACGCAAACAAACUGUAUAAACCUGGCACCGAUAUAGACAGGCUGACAGUACAAAUAAGUUGCCAGUCAGCUCAUACUGUAUGUUAACAUGCUAUAAAUGCUGGCAACUAAACAGGUCAUGUAGCAUUAUGAAAACAUAUACAUGCCACCUUAGACUUCUACUCUAAAACUCACAUAUGCUAUUAGUCAAUGGAAAUCAGCUCUACUGUGCAGAUGUCUUGCAUGUACAGUAAGUUUCAUCAUGUAUCUCCAUGUCAGAGGCACCAGGACGUGUAAUUUGCAGUAACAUGAAAUCUAUGGGGAGGUUCACUGUGAUUCUCUGUGAUAUUAUUACUACAAACUCGAUCAGGACCUGAUCCUGAAAAAGCUGAAUGUCACCUGUACUGACCUACUAAUGUAAAAUGCAUUGUGUAAAUGUGAAUUUCUUAGAGUUGAUACAAGAUACAGAAAUACGCUAUAAAAUGUACAAAAACAAAAAUGAGUGCAAAUGAUAUGAACAUCCAUAAUACAAUAAACAGAGAUGUCAUUG